GAUGGGGUGGCGAGCGGCCGGGAGCGGGCCGGGCUGUGCACAGGGUGGGGGGCGCGGUGCGGCGGGAGUUGGGGCCGAUCGCAUAUCCGCACUGGGCGCCGCUUCCGCCCGGCGGGAGCUGAGGGCCGCGUGGGCGCUGGGGCGCCUGCUUGGGACGGGGCCGUCGGGAUAGGUUUUGUGCCGCUUUGGAGCGCAAAGAGCGUUACGGGUGCAAGGCUGAGUUGUGUGGCUCAAGGAGUCUUGUCCCCGCGUUUACCCAUAAGCUUCUGCUUUCAUCCCCUUCAGCUUUUCUCAUGCCUUAACCAGGGUCCUGUCUGUACCGAGUGCUUAAAAGUCCGUGUUUGCACGUUAUAAAAUCACAGAAUGGUUUGGGUUGGAAGGGACCAAUAAGACCACGUAGUUCCAACCCCUGCCGUAGGCAGGGACACCUCCCUCUAGACCAGGCUGCUCACACUCCCAUCCAGCCUGGCUUUGGAUGCCUCCUUAUCCAAAUGUCUUAAUUUCACAUCUCUUCCCAGCUUACCAAGAAAAAUCAAGAUGAGUCUACGAAAGCAAACUCCUAGUGACUUCCUAAAACAGAUCAUUGGAAGGCCAGUUGUUGUGAAGUUAAAUUCUGGAGUCGAUUAUCGAGGUGUCCUGGCUUGCCUGGAUGGGUAUAUGAAUAUAGCUCUGGAACAGACAGAAGAAUAUGUAAAUGGCCAAUUAAAGAACAAGUAUGGGGAUGCGUUUAUCCGAGGAAAUAAUGUAUUGUACAUAAGCACGCAGAAAAGAAGGAUGUGAAGAUGCCAGAAGGAGGCUCUUCUGUAUUUGUGAGUCUCUCCAAAUGGAUGAGAUCUAUUUCAUUUGUAGUUUAUCAUUCACAGAUGAGAUAUUCAAAUGCUUAAUUUUUUUUAAAAUAAAUGUAAACCAAUGUGA